AUGAUCUCGGAGGACUUUUCCAACCUAACUGAUUCUGUGGGAUUUCCUCAGAAAACAUCCUCGACAAAUGCUCCUUUCCUCCCAAGAACUGUGCAGUGCCCAGCGCCGCCCUUGGGAGGGCACGGCCCCCGGGUGGGCACGAUCCCCGGGAGGGCACGAUCCCCGGAGAAUGCUGCCUUCCUCCAAGUGGAAAAAUAUCUCUCACUUCAGCAAGAAUUGAAUAAUGUCUUAAGAAAUUACAGUACAAAACGGAGCUACUUCAGUAGAAGCUUAGGGCUUCUUAGCAGAUUGCAGACUUUAGCUCCCACAGUACGAACUCUAUCAUCAUCAAAAUCCUUUUCACAAAACAUUCCAAGCUGUUUGUGGAAACUGGGCCGACUUAAUCACGUGGCAAUUGCAGUGCCUGAUCUGGAGAAAGCUCAGUCCUUGUAUAAAGAUGUGUUGGGAGCCCAGGUGAGUGAGACUGUUGCUCUUCCUGAACAUGGUGUCUACACUGUUUUUGUGGAGCUGGGAAAUACCAAGCUGGAACUUCUGCAUCCUUUAGGAGAGAAAAGUCCCAUCACAAGCUUCCUGCAAAAAAACAAGACUGGAGGAAUGCAUCAUAUCUGCAUUGAGGUUGAUGACAUAAAAGCAGCUAUGACAGAACUGAAGAAAAAAAAGAUACGAAUAUUGAGCGAAGAGCCAAAAAUAGGUGCACAUGGCAAACCUGUGAUUUUUCUUCACCCUAAAGAUUGCCAUGGAGUCCUUGUGGAGCUUGAGCAAGCUUGAGCUGCAAUAUUCAUAAAUAAAACAAUAGAAGAGUUGUGAAGUUCCUGAGGUGGUGCUGGGAAUAUUGAUGUGGCAUUCAGUCUCUACAAGUUCAUUGUAGUUCCCACGGAUGAAGUACAGCUUUUAAGUACUGAAAUAGUGCUACAGAUUCAGGGUCUUUGUUGUUGUUGCUGAUCUGAUUUUCAGAAUUAAUAUGCUGGAAUUUCUUGAAUUCUCUAAGCACAAACACAUCAGCUAAGUUACACAUGCACCAUAGUAAUUUAUCUUUAGUUGCCUGUUUGCAGCAUGAUUUUACUUCUGUAGCCACAGAAACUGUACAGUUUCUAGGUCAAGCUGCAUUAUUUUGCUCUACAUUUCAGAGCAGAGACCCACUUCUCAGUGACAACAAUAUAGCUUAGACGUUUUCUUAAGAAGUGAAGGAAAACAAACACUGUGUUUUCUCUUUUCACCAUUCAUCACCGUGCUUCACAGUGAUUGGUUCAUGUAAUAAAAAAAUCUAUAUAUUGUUGUAUGGGUGUCUGCAGUCAGUAAAUAAGUUUUUCUUGGCAUAACCAUUACUGCCAAGGAAGUUACAAUGCAUAAAUCAUCAUUUAGUUGUUUUAUGAACUUUGUGGAUAUGCAGACCAUGCAAGAAGAGAACCUGGAAAUUACUUGCCUGACGUAUAUUUCAGACUGUAAUGCCCUUGUAACAUUUUAGUUUUUUCAUUUUUAGGGUUUUUGAAUUUUUUUUCCCAAGCUUUCUCCGUAGAAGGACGUCUUGAAGAGAUGAACAAGCAGCAAUUAACCUCUUCACUUAGUUUACAAAUACAGUUUUCCUUUGCAGAAGCACUUACCAACACAUUAUUUUCUAUAAUAACCAUCUGUCUGAGUUACUGUCUCCAAAAUGGUGUGGAGGGAGAAUGAUUGCUUAAAUUUUAAAAAGUUUAAAAAAAAGCAUUCUACUCCCUUUGAGACCUCUGAAAUCUUUGAGAGGUCAAUUGUGGUGCAAUACUUCCAGCUUCAGUACCUUCAAAAAGAAAAUACCUGUUCUGUUGGGCUGGAAAUACUGCUCUUGGUAUGUGUGGGAAGAUGGUUUGUAAGGACAGUGCAGAAGGCAAUUUUCCUCAAUGAAUUACAACUGUACUGAUUGUUGAGGAGUGGAAACAGCCUUGCCUGUCCAAUGAGGAUGGGUGUUAUAAAAGAGUGGGUUAGCUGGCUAAGAGUUAGAGAUCCAGGGUCUGCUGCAGUUUGAGAUGGAGUCUGCUGGCUGUGAUGUGAGGAGGAAGGAACAUGCAGUCAUGCAAGGGACUGACAAGGUAAGAUUCUUUGUGAGGGUUGGACAGGGUUAGGUGUUUGGGUAAGGGACAGGUUGGGGUUAGCUGAUCAUGCAGAGGGAAGAAGGAAACUUGCAGACUGAAGAUGAGGAGGAGUCAGUGCUGUGUGGAGUUGCCUGAGAGAAGGCAUGAAAAGUUUUUAAUAAGGGACUGGUGAUGGUGCCUGGCAUGUCUGUGUUGACAACUUCAACAGGUAUGUUGAUAAAAUGAGACUUAACUAUGUAUAUGAGACUUUUUCAUCAUUAACAAUUUUGAGAAUUAAUAAUAUGAAUUAAAACAUAAUUUGCCAAAUGUUUAAGCAACCUGUCUACAGAUUAUAUCUGCAGAUACAUUGCAGUUCUGUGUAAAACAUACAUGCAUUACAGUUUGGAUAAUGUUUUGAGCUUUUGGUGUCUUCAAAAGAAAACCAAAAUCAGUCAAGUAAUUGGGUUGUAGAAGGGGGCUGCUGGGAAAAGUCACCAUAGAAAUCCAUGACAGAAAAUAAUGUCUUAGUAGCAAAUGGAGAAUCUUAAUAACUAAAUUAAAAGCACUCCCACACAAAAUGGUGUUUCUGUGAAGGGCCUUUGUAUGUUCAUGGAAUGUGCCUUGAUGUUAACACCUGGGGUAUAGCUACCCCAGGGCAAAUAAAUACCACACUGAGCACUCAGCUAUUGCAGUAAACACUGAUACCUAGCUAAUUGCAAUGCAGUAUA